AUGGGCCCAACAGUCCAUCAAGUUGCUCGAAUUUUCGAGGAUCCCGAGCCUCAACAGAGAGGGCGAAAAUCCCACCAUAACCGCGUACCGUCGGUGGGAGAUGUUUUGAGAGGACGCCGAAAAGAGAGCCAGAGCCCUACCAAGUCGUCCAAGCCAUCCAGCCACGACGGUGUUUAUUCUGCCAGUCCUCUCGGAGAACGACACAUCAACAGCCCACCUCCGCCAAAACGGAUCACAAUCAAAUCGGACGAUGAACCUCGACCUACUCUUCCACCUGCUCACAAAAAGGCUGGAAGCUCUGUCUCAUUGAAAGGAUUUAUGCUGGGUAAAGAAAAGAACCCGGAUUCGGGAAGUGUUUCGUCGAUUGAAGAACGAGUGACCGAGAAAAAGCCCAAGAAGGUCAAGUCGGCCACCAAUCUGACUGGCUUAUUGAAACGAAAAUCCAAGAAGGAUCUGAGGGAAGAGAUACACAACUCUGAGACCGCCUCGCCGUCGAAAUCAACACCGUCUGAAAACCAUACUCCUAUCUGGGCACAGUUCGCGACCCAGCCGGUUGAAGGUACAGACGGCACGAUGUUGUACCCAAUGUCGAAACGAAGGACGAUCGAGGAAGAGAUAAAACUGUACUCACCAAAGGAUUAUUCAGAGUUUCGGCCGUCAGAACAGAGAAAUUUUUAUGGAUGUGGUCCUUCCACUCCAUCGAUGUGGGACUACAAGCCGCCGCAGAGGCCAUACCUGGAGCACAAGUCUAGUAGAAGCUCCAUAUUCACGGAGAACAUGGACGAUGAGCCUAAGACGGAGGCGAAUCGGCCAAAGAGCAAGGACCAAAGCGCAAGUCGUCCAAGCUCAUCGGGCACGCCUGGUGUAUGCCUGGCAUUAGAGACGCGAUCCCCGGAUUCUCCUCAAUCAGACAUUCGGGCUAAGAGAGGGUCGAGGGUUUUCGAAGCCAUCCAGAACCUGAACAUGAAAGCCCGACGUGAAGCUCGAUCAGUGCCCGAAACUCCGACUUCGCCAGAAGCUCCAUGGAGCCCUCAAGAACUUGACUCGGCAUUCGAAAAGGUGUUAGAUACAUUGAACAUUCCAUUGAACAUGCGAAGCAAUAUGCGAAAUCUCAAACCAGAUGUGAAAGCCGGUUUGAUGAAGGGGGAACGCAUCGGCAGUAGUUCCACAGCCAAAUCCGGUCAGUCCGCCGCAGGUGAUGCGUCGGAGGUAAGAUCAUCCGCAAGAAGUCCUCAGAAGAAAGAGAACGAAAGACCCCGGAGCGAGGGGGAGGAUCGCAAAGAGGGCAAGCGAUCGAGAUCCCGGUCUCGACCCCGGAGUCGAAUCUUGACCUUGACCAAACGCGAGGAAGGCUCACCUUCCAAGUCAGAGAGGCCUGAAUCGUCAUCCAGGUCACGCAGCAAAUCCCGAAAUAAAUCGGCCGACCUCAGCAAUUCGCGACCCACAUCGUCGAGGGCCAUGGCUUCGACAGUCUCUCUUGCGUCACCCAAUCCGGCCGAUAGUGCAACCACCCCUGGUGAUUUCAUCCAUUAUCUUCGAGAAGUCCAGAAGCCUGAAUUGGUCGAGGUCAGCAAGCUCCACAAAUUGCGGAUCCUCUUGCGGAAUGAGUCGAUCAGUUGGACCGAUCACUUCGUCACCAAGGGCGGGAUGGAUGACCUUCUCCAAUUGUACUACCGCAUCACGAAGAUCGAGUGGCGGGAAGAGCAUGAAGACAAUCUCCUCCAUGAAACGUUGCUCUGCUUGAAAGGUCUGUGUACGACAUCGCUUGCCCUCCAGCGGCUGCGCCAGGUGGAAAAGGAAUUUUUCUCUGCUUUGUUGGGUAUGUUGUUUGACCCUGAGAGAAAGGGCCCUUCCGAAUUCAACACCAGAGGAGUCAUAAUUUCGCUCCUCUUUGCACAUCUGUCCGCGGUCGUGGGCGGCGAUCAGAAGGAAGUUCAGGAACGCGCACAGAACAUUCUUGGAUUUCUCAAAGAUCCCGCUCCAGAAGAUGGCAAGCAGCCUUUGGAUUUUGUCUCCCAGAUGCAUAUCCCUCGGCCUUAUCGGGUCUGGUGCAAGGAGGUCGUUAAUGUCACCAAAGAAGUGUUCUGGAUCUUUCUCCAUCAUCUGAACGUUAUUCCCAUCAUCGAGGUCGACGAGACCCCGGGGUUUGCUCGAGCCCAUUUUCCGGUCCCACGACCACCUCACCCUGCAGCUCCGUACGUCGGCGGGGUCGAGUGGGAGGCAACCCAAUAUCUUGCAACUCAUCUGGACUUGUUGAACGGGCUGAUUGCUUUGCUGCCCACGACAGAGGAACGCAAUGAAUUGAGGGAAGACCUGAAGCAGUCGGGAUUUGAGAAAGUCAUGGGUGGCAGCCUGCGGACAUGCAAAGAGAAAUUCUAUGGAGGUGUGCACGAGGGAUUGAAGUGUUGGGUCUCGGCAGCGAAAGCAGAUGGCUGGCCAGUGGAGGAUGUGAGAGCUGGUCCGCCCCGUGAGGCUCGUAGCCCAAAGAAGAGUCCGGUAAAGAAGAAGUCGGACGAUGCUCCUCAACUUGCAUUGGAUAUCGGCCAGGAACAGCUGCCUCAAGUUGACAGGGACUGGAUUUAA